AUGCCAGUGGAGGCUGGAGAGGCGACGAGCGAGGGGAUCCGGAAGCUGCGGGAGAGGUUGGGAGGGUUUGAGACGGAGGAUGGGAGGAUCAAGGGACUCAACUUCAGGCCGAGAGACGGUGACGUCUUCGUAGUGACGUCUCCGAAGUGCGGGACCACUUGGCUGCAGCAGAUCGUUCACCAGCUGCGCUCGCGAGGAUCGAUGGACUUCGUUGAAAUCAGCGAGGUUGUGCCCUGGGUGGAAAUGGCAGCAGAUCUCGGGCAGGACCUGGAUGCUGACCAUGCUUUCUCGCCAAGAGCAUUCAAGACUCAUUGUUGGUACGAUCAUUGCCCGAAGGGGGACAAGUGCAAAUACAUCGUAGUUGUGCGAGAUCCCCACGACGUGGCUGUUUCGUUCUUCACUUUCUUUGAGGGAUGGUACUUCCAACCGGGGGAGGUUUCUUUGGAGGAGUUCGUCAAACAUUUCUGGCUUGCUCGGGGGAUCCCCGAAUCCAAGAUGCAGAACGCUUCCUACUUCCAUCACCUCAUAUCUUGGUGGCAACACCGAUGGGAUGACAACGUGCUCUUCUUGUUCUAUGAGGAUAUGAAGGCCGACCUCGAGUUGCACGUGAGAGAGAUAGCGAGAUUCAUCGGAGUGGAUCAUACAGACAAGGAGCUUAUCAGGCAUCCGCUGGCGACGGAGAAGUCGACGUUCGCCUUCAUGUCAGCCAACAAGGAGUUCUUCGACGAACGGCUGACCAAGAUGAAGAGGAACGUGCACUGUGGCCUUGAGCCGGGCGCUGGGCUGGGCAAUGGAAAGGUAAGAGAUGGAAAGUCAGGGCAUGGAAAAGUAGAGCUGCCACAGAGCCUUGCUCAAGAAAUCGAUGCCAAGUGGAUGGCUACUGUUGGAAAGGACUUGGGAUGCCAGACGUACGAGGAACUCAGGGAAAGACUCAGGAAGGAGCGAGAAGCCCGCAAACAGGCUUUGAAAGGAGAUGUUUGA